UGCCUCUCUGCUUUGGGUCGUAACAGGAAGCUGGCUGGCUGCGAGCUCUCCCACUUGCACAACCACCGGUGCUUGCAUAUACUCAAAUGUGUGUGUGUGUGUGUGUGUGUGUGUGUGCAGCAAAUGCAUGACUCCUCCAUGAGCAGAACAGGAAGCGACCAAGUCUGCACUGUUCUCUCUCUCUCUCUCUCGUCUCCUCCAGCUUGUUCACUUGCUCUGGAGUUGGACAGGCUUUUGAGCGUAAAUCCAGUCUGGAUUUUGAGAGGCUCGUAUUAGUGGCGUAGGCCGCGUGAGUGUUGGGUGGGGAAGUGAGUGAGGAGAGGGGGGUGGGGGGGCGGGGGGUGAGUAAAGCCAGAGGCCAAACAUGGCUAGCGAGGAUGCAAUAGAGGACCAUAUGAGGGAUCAACCUGCGGAUGACCUCGUACACGGCGAGCAGAGUGACGCAGAGCAUUCGAGCGAUCCGGGCGGGCCGUCGGUACUGCGGCAACUCGGCUUGGACCAGAACUCGGACCUCUCGGACUCGGGCGUGCAGCGACGCCUGGAUGAGCACCGGGAGAGGAUCCGCAGGGAGAUCCGCAAAGAGCUGAAGAUCAAAGAGGGAGCCGAGAACCUCCGGCGUGCCACCACCGUCAAGAGAAAUGCCCAGCAGGUGGACUCGCAGCUGCGCAGUUCCAAACGCAAGCUGGAGUGCCUCCGCGCUCAGCUGCAGGAGCUCGAUGCGCUCAUUGUGGUCAAGAGUCACAACGAGAACCAAGAUGCCGCCACGUCUCCGGGCUCGCUCAGUCGCCCGUCUGCCAACCAGCAGCGCAUUGCUGCGUUGGAGCGUCAGCUAAACAUCGAGUUGAAGGUCAAACAGGGGGCAGAAAACAUGAUCCCCAUUUAUGCCAACGGCGCUACCAAGGACAAGAAGCUUCUCCAGACGGCCCAGCAGAUGCUGCAGGACAGCAAGACCAAGAUUGACAUCAUCCGCAUGCAGAUCCGAAAGGCCAUGCAGGCCACGGAGCAAUCGGAGGACAGCCAAUGUAAAGCCGACCCGUGCGGGGUGGAGUUGCGCGUGGAGGAGCUGUGGCAUCAUUACCGCGUGGAGCACGCCAUGGCGGAAGGAGCGAAGAACAUGCUGCGAUUGCUGGGCGCCGCGGGCAAGGUCCAAGACAAAAAGGCCAUAGCGGAGGCGCAAUGCGGUCUGAGUGAGUCGUCGCAGCGUCUGGACCUGCUCAGGUGCUCUCUGGAGCAGCGGCUGCUGGAGCUCCCGGAGGACCACCCCAAGGCUUGUCUGAUCAAGGAGGAGCUAGCGUUGGCUUCCUCUUCGGCGUUUAGCAGCCGCCAAAGCACACCUUAUGUCCACAACCAGUACAGCACCCUGAGUAAACCGUCGCCUCUCACAGGAACUCUUCAAGUUCAUCUUCUGGGAUGCGUAGGGCUGCCAGAAGUGGUCCCAGGCCGAAGCAGAGGGACCCCCGCGCUCCUUCCCGCUUACUCUCCGGGAGAUGGACGCUCCUCCUUCAAACUGAGCGGCCUCUACAGCCGCAGCAGCAGCAGCAUGAGCCUCAAGAUCCCCGGCAAGAACGAUGAGCUAUCCGCGGAAGUGAGUGCCGUGCUGAAGCUGGAGAACACGGUUGUGGGUCAGACCGCUUGGAGAACGUUUGGGGAUCAGACGUGGGACCAAAGCUUCACCGUGGAGCUGGAGAGGUCCAGGGAGUUGGAGAUCGCCGUGUACUGGCGAGAUUACCGCUCCCUGUGCGCUCUCAAGUACCUGAAGCUGGAAGAGUUUUUGGAUAACCAAAGGCACCGAGUCAAGCUUGAUCUGGAGCCGCAGGGCCUGCUCCUGGCGGAGGUCACCUUUUUCAAUCCGGUCAUCGAGAAAGGACGAAGACUCCAGAGACAAAAGAACGUCUUUUCCAAACAGCACGGUAAAGCCUUCCUGCGCGCCCGCCAGAUGAACGUGGACAUCGGCACGUGGGUUCGCCUGCUGCGCAACGCCAUCCCCAGCGGAAGCAACCCGCCCGCGUACGCGGCCGCUUUCUCCGGCGACGCUCUCUCGCGCGGCUCCGGAGAAAUUUCUGUCGAAAAACUAAAUCUGGACACAGAAUCUCCCCUCAAAGGCCACAUGGGAGACUUUUCCACCGCGCAGACGGCGGUCAUCGAGCCCCCUUCCGUGCCGGAUGUUCCUGACCGCCCGGCCAGAUCGCAGGCUCGGAACUCCUUGCCCAGAGCAAGCAGAGGCCCCGUUUGCUUGCAGGAUUUCAAGCUGAUGGCGGUGCUGGGCAGGGGGCACUUUGGCAAGGUGUUGUUGUCGGAAUACAAGCAGACAGGCGACCUGUACGCCAUCAAAGCCCUGAAGAAAGGAGACAUCAUCACGCGGGACGAAGUGGAAAGCCUGAUGUGCGAGAAGCGCAUCUUUGAAACGGUCAACGGCUCCCGGCAUCCCUUCCUGGUCAACCUGUUUGCGUGUUUCCAGACGCCAGAACACGUGUGUUUUGUCAUGGAGUACACCGCCGGAGGAGACCUCAUGAUGCACAUCCAUACCGACGUCUUUUCAGAGCCGCGCGCCGUGUUCUACUCUGCUUGCGUUGUCUUGGGUCUGCAGUUUCUUCACGACCAGAAGAUUGUUUAUCGAGAUCUCAAGUUGGACAACCUGCUGCUUGACGUUGAUGGUUAUGUCAAAAUUGCCGACUUCGGUCUGUGUAAAGAAGGCAUGGGUUAUGGGGACAGGACCAGCACCUUUUGCGGGACGCCUGAGUUUUUGGCCCCAGAAGUACUGACGGACACGUCGUACACGCGAGCGGUCGACUGGUGGGGCCUCGGGGUGCUCGUCUACGAGAUGUUGGUCGGAGAGUCCCCCUUCCCAGGUGACGAUGAGGAGGAGGUUUUUGACAGCAUCGUGAAUGACGAAGUGCGCUACCCGCGCUUUCUCUCCAAUGAGGCCAUCGGCAUUAUGAGACGGCUCCUGAGAAGGAAUCCUGAGAGGAGGCUGGGCUCCGGAGAAAAAGAUGCGGAGGAUGUGAAAAAACAGCCUUUCUUCAGAGAGAUGGACUGGGAGGCUCUCCUUCUUCGGAAAGUCUCGCCGCCUUUUGUGCCGUCCAUCAAGGGAAAAGAGGACGUCAGCAACUUUGAUGUGGAGUUUACAGCCGAGGCGCCGACCCUCACGCCGCCGCGCGAGCGACGCAGCCUUUCCCGAAAGGAGCAGGACUAUUUUAAGGAUUUUGACUACGCGUCUGACCUCUGCUAGGGUCCACAGAGUAGCGGACGGCCACUGCCGGCCUCGGACUCGAGGAGGUGAGGAGGGAUGGGAUGGUUAGCUGCAGGAACUCGUGAGAUGAACAACUGCUUUGCAUCCGUGUGUGAACGGGGGGGGGGGGGGGGGGGGGGACUGUGACCUGCUGACCUUUUGGACAAUCUGGAGGGGCUUUUCGCGGAAAUCGUUCAUGAUCAUCCAGAUGAUGUAGCGAUGGAGUUGACACGGUCCCGCUGUGUGCAGUGUCUGGAGUCGCCAUCAUUGUCGGCAAAAUGCUCAACGAGCCAAAAAGUAUCAAUCGGAAGGAAGCUGGUUAUCCUCACGACAGGUUGUGGUCUCGCAUUUUGUGUUUUUAUCGAGGCUGUGUCUCAGACUGACUCGCGCUCGGCCAGUCAUGAAUGUAACGCCAUCGCCGUCGAUCAUGCGCUGCUUCAAAAUGAACACUGGGGGGCGCCAAAUGAGCGAAAGUCAGUUUACUGUCAAGUCGAAUUGUUUUUUUGUUGAGUGUGUAAAAAAAAAAAUAGAGGCAUUUGUAAUACUUUGUCUUAUCCUGCUGUAAAAGAUGUGUUGUCAACGUUGUUUGAGUUUCAUUAAAUUACUUUCAUCCACUUUCA